GUAGGCGGAUAUAAAAGGGUAGCCGUGCGCGCGCGGCCGGCUUACUGCGGCCGGUCACUGGGGUGGGUGGAGCUGCUGUGCGGUUCGCGGCGGACGUCGGAGGCACCGAGCAGCAGAGCGGGGCCGCCGGGGCCUCGCUAGGGCCGCAGCGACAGCAGUUGGGCCCCCCGCCCCGGCAGGCGGCCGGAGAGCGCGGGAAGGGGGCCGGGGGGACCCGCCCCCGGCCGGCUGCAGUCAUGAACUCCAACGUGGAGAACCUGCCCCCCCACAUCAUCCGCCUGGUGUACAAGGAGGUGACGACGCUGACCGCUGACCCACCUGACGGCAUCAAAGUCUUUCCCAACGAGGAGGACCUUACCGACCUGCAGGUCACCAUUGAGGGCCCUGAGGGGACCCCGUACGCUGGAGGCCUCUUCCGCAUGAAACUCCUUCUGGGGAAGGACUUUCCGGCCUCCCCACCCAAGGGCUACUUCCUGACCAAGAUCUUCCACCCGAAUGUGGGCGCCAACGGCGAGAUCUGUGUCAACGUGCUCAAGAGGGACUGGACCGCUGAGCUGGGCAUCCGGCACGUGCUUCUGACCAUCAAGUGCCUGCUGAUCCACCCCAACCCCGAGUCGGCCCUCAACGAGGAGGCAGGCCGCCUGCUGCUGGAGAACUACGAGGAAUAUGCGGCCCGCGCGCGCCUGCUCACUGAGAUCCACGGAGGCGCCGGAGGGCCCAGCGGCGGGAGGCCCGAGCCUGGCCGCGCCGCAGCCAGCGGGGCAGCGGCCUCCAGUGCUGACCCCACAGCCCCGGGGGGUCCAGCGGGGGCUGAGGGGCCCAUGGCCAAGAAGCACGCGGGCGAGCGCGACAAGAAGCUGGCAGCCAAGAAAAAGACGGACAAGAAGCGGGCGCUGCGGCGCCUGUAGUGGGCUCUCCCCUCCCUUCCCACCUGACCCAACUCUGUCUCUAAGUUAUUUAAAUUAUGGCUGGGGUGGGGGAGGGCACGAGGGCACUGGGACCUGGAUUUGUUUUUCUAAAUAAAGUUGGAAAAGCAGCUCUG